AUGAUUAGAAUCGGGUGGAGGUUUUCCAAACCAUCGCAGCUUGUGAGGACCAUCGCUAACAAGAAUAGCGCAUUUGCUUCUAAACAAAUACCUUCACCUAAGGAACUUCGACAGUUUUUGGAUAAAUACGUGGUUGGACAAGAUGUUGGUAAGAAAGUGAUGAGUGUAGCGGUGUAUAACCACUACUUGAGGGUGAAUGACAAGCAGAAACGUAUAGAAGCCAAGAUGGAGAGCGAGUUGCUGGAGAAACAGCGAAAAAACGAUGAUGAAGACGAACCAAUCUACUCCGGUAGUUCUGAGGCCAAAUCUGGAUACCAGCACUUGCGUCAGCGACUUUCUCUUGAUAUGGACCCGAAGGAUGAAGAUUUGGAGCUCUCGAAAAGUAACGUGUUGUUAGUGGGACCAUCGGGCUCUGGUAAGACGUUGUUGGCAUCGACAUUGGCGCGGGUUCUUGAUGUACCGAUAGCCAUUACAGAUUGUACACAGUUGACACAGGCAGGAUACAUUGGCGAAGACGUGGAGGUGUGCAUUACGAGAUUAUUGGUGGGUGCGGAUUACGAUGUAGCUAAAGCCGAGAGAGGCAUCAUUGUGUUGGAUGAAGUGGACAAAUUGGCGAAACCCGCCGCCAGUAUCGGAACCAAGGAUGUGUCAGGAGAAGGUGUUCAACAAUCGCUUUUGAAGAUGCUCGAAGGCCGCUCUGUCGAGAUCGUAGCCAAAAGGCCCAUCGAGAAAAAAGAAGAUCCCAAAAACAAUCAAGCACUUGCCAAAAAAGAGGAAACGUUUAUUGUAGACACUUCAAACAUUCUCUUCAUUUUGAUGGGUGCUUUUGUAGGUUUGGAUAAGCACAUUGUGAAGAGGAUCAACUCCGCCAGGUCUGAUGCAACUGUGGAUGAUUCAGAGACUAAAAAAGAUGAUCCUCGUCAAUUAAGGUUCAGCAGUACUAUUGAAAAAGUUGAGCUCCCCAAUGGGAAGAAGACAUCCGCUUUGAAUCUAGUUACACCCACAGAUCUGGUGAGCUACGGACUUAUCCCAGAACUUAUCGGAAGAGUUCCAAUAAUAACGGCUUUGGAGCCGCUCGAGAGAUCAGACCUCUACCACAUUCUUCGAGAAUGUAAAAAUGCCUUGAUGCAGCAGUACGAAUACAUUUUCAAGCAAUUCGGAGUUCACUUGUGUGUCACUGAAAAGGCUCUUAUGAAGGUGGCUAGUCUUGCCCAAGAUGAAGGUACUGGUGCUCGAGGAUUGAGAGGCAUCAUGGAACGACUAUUACUCAAUGUAAACUACGAGUGCCCGGGUUCUGGCAUUUCAUAUGUUCUGGUGGACGAACAUGUUGUUAAACUAUUAAAGCAAACUGAACACUCCUUGGCCACACAUGUUGCAGCCAAGUAUUACUCGAGAGGGGAGAGAGAACGAUUCAUCGAAGACGUGUAUAAAGAGGACCCCAAGAAAGGACUAAUUUUGGACAAAAUAUACGGACGAGUGGGCACCCGCGUGCUACAGGGUAAAAAAAGACAUGAGUGA